AUGUCAACACUCUUCAACCGCCAGCCACAGACCCAAUUCCUUUAUGCCAACGGUGUGAGUCAAGUGCCUAAUCAACAGCAACAACAACAGGCACAAUCACAAUCACUACCACCACCACCACCACCACCAGCACCGUCGCAGCUACAACAACAACAGCAACAACAGCAACAACAGCAAAUGCAACAGCAGCUACAACAAGGUCAACCUGCGUGGCUACAGUCUCAACAUGUUCACAAGAAAAGAGUUAUUCCCAACCAUUUGGUACCGCACAAAAAGCUGAAUUUUCAAAUAAGUGCACCAGGAGGCUCCAAGAACAAGGGGACCAAUGAAUCACACUCGUCAAUGCUCGUAUCCAAUGAUCAAUUCAACGUUGUUUCUUUUGGGAUUAAUAGAAGAAACACAAUCACCAACGGUCACUUUUUGGAUCGGACAAAUACCAGUUCAAGUGCCGUAUUCGACUCUUUUGGAGGUGAUCUCAGUCGAUUUGACGACUCUAUAAAUGAGAGUUUCCAACAUGAUGACGGUUCUGUCAAAGGAGUCGAUAAACCUAGAGAUGCACCUCCGUUAAAGUCCGUAUACGAUUUGGACGAGGAUACUUUUGGCAUCAGCAAACCAACCAGAAAUCAAGCUGGCCUAAUAAACAAAGACCCGAAGGAGUUCAACAACUUAUUCAAAAGAUUCGAGCUGAAAGAUGGGAAAACUGCAAAGGACAAAAAGCAAGACAAGUCAAAGAGUGUAGUUGACGAAUUUGAAAAUGCCAUCAUUGUAUUUGGAUAUCCGGAAAACGCAUCUGUGCAAAUUAUUCAAUAUUUCAAACAGUUUGGUACAAUUCUUGAAAACUUCACUGAUCUUUCUACCGGAAACGAAGCUUGGAGUCUUUUGAAAGAUCUCGAAAAAGAGCCAAAGAACAUCAGUAUUUAUACUGGCUCUAACUGGAUUAAAAUCACAUACGAUAAUCAUAAUUCAGCAUUAAAUGCGUUGCAAGAAAAUGGCUGUAUCUUUAAUGGAAACUUGCUUGGUGUUGUCCCAUACCACAAGAGUGUUAUUGACAAAUUGGAAAAAAAGAAGGUUUUUGUCAAUGAGGAUAUCGGUAACGGCAACCUAUCAAUGCCAUUGAAAUCAGCAUUGGAACAAGAAAAGAGAGCAAGCAGAGUUGAAAAUCAAGUUAUCACUCCUCCAUCUUCAUCUGCCCCAUCGGGUGCAAACAAAUCGACAUUUGUAAACAAAUUGAAUCCCAAGGAAGAAGCUCAGUACCUUAUCACAUUAGGUGACAAAAAAGACCAGAAUAAAAGCGAUGACCAAAAAAAGCCUGAAUUGGGCAUAUUGAAAACGUUAUCCAACUAUAUAUUCGGAUUUCAUGACCUAUGA